AUGAGAGGCAUCGCGUCCCAGAAGCUUACUCCGCGAUACUCCGUGGUCUUCCACAAUGCAAUCCGCCAGCGCUACCCUUUCUCCUCGUCAGCGAUCCGGACGAACGCGAAGAUCCUACAGAACCCCCGAGUUGACGAGGAUGGAAAAGAACUCACAAUCAAGAUAUCCCCGCGGGCCGCAGAACGGCUUCGUGAGAUCACAGACCCGACCUCCUCCCCGUCAGCCACGAAGGAGGAAAACCCCUACGACCACCUCCGGAUCACCGUGACAAGCGGCGGCUGUCAUGGGUUUCAGUAUAUGAUGUCCCUCGAAGCAGCGUCGAAGAUCGACCCCGAAGAAGAUACCGUCUUCGAAGCGGAGGACGCUCCUGCCGGACCCGGCGAGGCCAAAGUCGUCAUGGAUGAACCUUCGUUGGAGUUGCUUCACGGAAGUACGGUGGAUUACACGAUGGAGCUGAUUGGAAGUCAGUUCAAGAUUGUCGACAACCCGAGAGCUUCGAGUAAUUGCGGUUGCGGGACGAGUUUCGACGUUCUCGAGUAG